AUGCCUCUGGGAUUGAUAAUAGGACUGACUAGGGCAGUUCGGAGAAAGAGAACUUCAUCACUGUCUAUAUUAUCUUCCAAAAGAGGGCCAAGAGACUACUACAAGGGAAAGAACUGCAAGCCCACUGGAUUUCACACUCGGAAAGGUGGUUAUGUUAUGAUGGAUGAGAAGAUGCCACGUUACGUAGUUCCAGAUUUGACGGAUUUUAAGCUCAAGCAAUAUGUAUCACAAUGCCCUCGAGUUGCAAAUGCCGGUUCGACCACAGCAGAAUCUUCCGGGUCAGCCAAAGUAAAUGUUGGUUAAGAUUUUGGAUCUCACUGUGUUUCUUCGCCAUUGCCACGCCAAAACAAGUGUAGUAAAGACGUUGAACAAUGAUAUAUCCUCUCAGUGACUGCUUGUUGCAUUUUUGCCUCUGCAUCAUCCUGGACCUAUUUUUAUUUGCUGCCGUCAACAGAGAAUACGGCUAUGGAAUUAGGUGCGGCUCGUUAUUGUCAAUAUACAAGGAACAAUUAAAUUACAAUUUAUUUUUUAAACUCGGAAGUUUUGAAAUUGUAGUAUGGAAGUUUAUAAGUUGCUAAACUUAAUUUGACCCAGCAAAUUUUAGUUAGAUUCGAUUUAGA